AAAAAAUAUAAAAAUAAUAAAAUAUAAAAAUAAGAAAAGUAGGAGGAGAGAAAGAGAGAAGGUGAUCUGAAAGGAAUGGCUUCCGUUUCGUGGUUCUCUUGUCUUCAAAUGCGACCUACGCCAUGCCACUCCACCACACCCUUCGCCGCACCCAUAACAACACUUCACCAACAACACCACAACCCAUCUUCACUUUCUUCUACCGGAGAGGAAGGAUCAUCACAUGGUGUUCAUAGAAGACAGCUACUUGUUCACACGGCAGCCGCAGCUGCAUUAUUAGCACCCGCAGCACUUGUUCCAAAUGCAUCAGCACUCAAUGAUGUGUCUACUGAGGAGGAUGUUCGUAUUUACACUGAUGAUGUCAACAAGUUCAAGAUAGCUAUACCCCCAGAUUGGCAAGUAGGAAUAGGAGAGCCCGAUGGGUUUAAAUCGAUUACCGCUUUCUACCCGCAAGAGGCUUCCAAUUCCAAUGUGAGCGUUGCCAUCACAGGGGUGGGUCCGGAUUUUACUAAGAUGGAAUCGUUUGGUAAAGUGGAAGAAUUUGCCGAGACUCUGAUUGGUGGAUUGGACAGAAGUUGGCAAAGACCACCGGGUGUGGCUGCCAAACUCAUAGAUUGUAAAUCAUCCAAGGCUUCAGCAAUGAAGCCUAACUCAACUCAAAUGGCUUCAGGGUUUUAUUACAUAGAGUAUUCACUGCAAAAUCCGGGUGAGAGUCGCAGAACCUUAUAUUCUGCUAUUGGAAUGGCAUCAAAUGGUUGGUAUAACAGACUCUACACGGUGACAGGACAGUUUGUAGAAGAGGAAACUGACAAGUAUGCUUCCAAAGUGAAAAAGGCUGUUGCAUCAUUUAGGUUCAUAUGAACAAAGAGUUCAUGAGGGAGAUAUUAUCUAUCUUAUGUUCCAUGUGGACGGAUGUGUCUACCUAGAUAUACUCUUAUAAGAUCCCUCGAUGUUAAUAUUAUUCCUUUUUUUCCCCCGUGAUAUAGUAACAUUGACAUUAUUUCUAAGCUAGAAAUGGCAUCCUAUACCACACUGGUAUGAUACUUA